AUGUGCCCCACACUCCUCAGCCUCCUGAGUCUCGGGUUCUGUGUGAGUCUGAGGAUCUGGGCAGCUGUGGGUAAAUAUGAGAAGCUGUCUUUGUCCGCCUGGCCAAGCCCCGUGGUUCCCUUAGGACAGACUGUGACUCUUCGGUGUCACUCCUGUUUUCCACUUAAGAGAUUCACACUGUCCAAAACAGAUGGGAAACAGCGUGUGCCUGAGCUCCAGGGACAUCAUUUCAACAACUUCACCCUUGGCCCAGUGAGCAGAGAAAAUGCCGGGUCCUACACGUGUUCUGGAGCCAACUGGUCCGCACCCAGUGACCCCCUGCAGAUUGUGGUCACAGGUAUGUUCACAAAACCUGCCAUCUCAGCCCACCCAGGUCCCCUCGUGCAGGUGGGAGAGAAUGUGACCGUCCGCUGUCACUCACUGGUGUGGUUUGACAAGUUUAUCCUGCACCAAGGAAACAGCACAGGGCUAUUCCAGAGAUGUGGACAGAUGCUCACUGGCAGGUAUGCCACAGCUGACUUCGUCAUUGGCCCCAUGACUUUGGCGAGUGCGGGCACCUACAGAUGCUAUGGCUCUCUCAGCCGCUCCCCCUAUGAGUGGUCAGCCCCCAGCGACCCCGUGGACAUCAUCAUCUCAGGUCAGUCCAGGAAACCCUCUCUCUCAGCCCAGGGGGGCCCCGUGGUGAGGUCAGGAGAAAAUGUGACCUUGGUCUGCAGCUCCGAGAACGCUUUUGACCAGUUCCAUCUGCUCAGGGAUGGGGGAAACCUUGGGCGCCCACUCGCUAGGGUGCAGGGCCCCCGCGGAGCACUCCAGGCGGAGUUCCCUCUGGGUCCUGGGGCCCCAGCCCACAGCGGGGUCUACAGGUGCUACGGCUCCUUUGCUCACUCUCCCUACUCGUGGUCAGACUCCAGCGACCCCCUGUUCCUGUCUGUCACAGGAUCCACUACAAGUACUUGCCCAUCAACCAUGGAUCCACACACCACAGAAGAAGCACCCCUUCCUCAAGAACACUCUAGCAUGUGGUACAUUGUCCUUGGGCUCUCCAUAGCCUUCACCUCUACCAGCAUCACCCUCGCUGCUCUUGUCUGUCACUGGUGUUCUACCCAAAAUCAUGUUGCCAUCAUGGAAGGAGAGCCCAUGGAAGACAGAACAGUGAACAGCGAGGACUCUGCAGCAGAAGACAUGAUAUACGCUCACUUGGACCUCAGGACCCUCUCCGAGAGACAGUCCACUCCCGCUCCCCUGAGGCCCAUGCACCCCUCCGCCGAGCCCAUUAUCUAUGAGGAAUUCAACAUAAACCAAGACCAUGCUCAGCCCUGA